AGAAAGAAUAAAAAUUGGGGGUUUUGAUUGAUCGAUCGAUCGAUCACACAGCACAUCAAAAAGAAAGACCUGCCACCCAGCUGGGCCUUUUCAUUAAAAAUAUUUUUUCUUUUGUCUGAAUUAAGAUCCUUUUUCUUCUUCUGAAUUGAUCAAAUUCGCUACAAUAACAAUUUCUAUUAAUUAAUUAUAAGAAAAAAAUCGAUCCAAUAUGCCUUCACGAAGAAGAACCCUUCUUAAAGUCAUCAUCCUCGGUGACAGCGGAGUUGGAAAAACAUCUUUGAUGAACCAGUAUGUAAACAAGAAGUUUAGCAAUCAAUACAAGGCAACAAUUGGUGCCGAUUUCUUGACCAAGGAAGUCGAGUUUGAGGAUAGGCUCUUCACUCUACAGAUCUGGGAUACAGCUGGACAGGAAAGAUUUCAGAGUCUUGGAGUUGCCUUUUACCGUGGUGCAGAUUGCUGUGUUCUUGUGUAUGAUGUGAAUGUCCAGAAGUCAUUUGAUGAUCUCAACAAUUGGAGGGAGGAAUUCCUUAUUCAGGCAAGCCCUUCUGAUCCAGAAAAUUUCCCGUUUGUAGUUUUGGGUAACAAAGUGGAUGUAGAUGGUGGCAACAGCAGAGUGGUUUCUGAGAAAAAGGCCAGGGCUUGGUGUGCCUCAAAAGGGAACAUCCCAUAUUUUGAGACAUCUGCUAAAGAGGGAAUCAAUGUUGAAGAAGCCUUUCAAGUCAUAGCUAAAAAUGCCUUGAAAAGUGGUGAAGAAGAAGAAAUAUACUUGCCAGAUACUAUUGAUGUAGGAAACACCAGUCAACAGAGGGCCUCUGGAUGCGACUGCUAGAACCAAUUUCGAUUUAUUCAAACUUUGUAUCUCUACUGCUACAAAUGUCUCUGCUUCAUUUUAGUCACUUACAUUGUGUGGAUGUUCGACUGUAAAUUUGAUUUGAAGUUGUUUUGUGGAGUGUGUUUAACUCGGAUAUUAUUGCAUUCAAUUCCAUCAAGUUUAUGAUGUAAAA